CAAUUAUAUAAAUAAAAAAGAAAUUUUUUUUUAUAUAUAUAUUCCAUGCUAAAAUACCAUAUAUUAUACCUAAAAAUAGUCUUUUAACCACUCAUUUUAACAUCUUGCCUCUUGUCGAAAGCGGUUUUCUCCAACCAGCGGAGCCUCUCCAGGUAUAUGGCGUUUCUGAAAUGGAAAAUUCCUUCCGUACCAUACAGAGCAGAGACAAUAUGGGCAAGGUUGUGGUUGAGUUUAAGCCGGACGAUACGGUUAACGUUGUUCUAGACGUAAAGCCAAACUUCCAAUUUAACACCGAUGCGACAUACAUCAUCGCCGGCGGCCUUGGAGGUCUAGGUCGAAGCGUCUCGCGCUGGUUCGUCGAGCGUGGUGCCCGGCAUCUCAUCCUCCUGUCACGAUCCGGCGCCAAGUCCACUGAGGCCCAAGAACUCGUCGCCGAGCUAACCAGCAGCAGAACUCAAGUGAAGACCCCAGCCUGUGAUAUUGCUGACCGAAAGGCACUCAGGCUUGCGUUGGACGAGUGCCUUAGAGAUAUGCCUGUCGUCCGGGGUUGUAUCUAGUCAUCAAUGGUCCUUCGAGACGGCAUGUUUGAGGGCAUGACUUUUGAGUCGUGGCAGGAAUCGACGCUGCCAAAGAUCCAAGAGUCUUGGAACUUGCAUUCCUUGCUUCCAGAUGGCAUGGAAUUUUUGUGCUCUUCUCCUCCAUCUCCGCCAUCAUCGGCAACAGAGGCC